AUGAGAGUCGCUAUUUUAAAAUAUGUUCUUUUUUCAAUUGUUAUUUGCUCUUUUGAAUAUGCAAAAAAUGAAUUAUACCUUGUAAAUGAGAGAAACAUAUAUCAUGAAAGGAAUAUAACAAAUUUUAGAAAUAAUAGGAUAUUAGCAGAUACAGAUAACCAAUUCGAUUUAAAUGAGUUUUAUCAAUCAAUUUUGAGUCUUGCAGAUCAAUUUAAUGAAUACAAUGUUGAUGACGAAAAAAUAAUAUAUCUUCGAAAUAUUAUAAAUUCACAUGUAAAGAAGCAUAAAGAGAAUAAUACAUUACCCAAUUUAAAUAAUGUAAAUAGGAAAACUAAAAAGUUAAUUGAUGAACUUCGAAAAGAAUUAGAAGAAGUAAAAAAAGAGCUUGAUAAUAAAAGGAAUGAUGAAUUACCAAUACAACAAAUACAAGAUAAAAGAAUAACAAAAAAAGAUAAAAAUACUUAUGUAUUAGAACAAAAAGACUUUAAACAUUUAGAAAAUUAUGAAAAUAUUUUGGAGACUGAAGAUGGUAAAAUUGAAAAUGAAUAUAAUGAAAUUACAUCAAAUAAUAAUUAUAAGGAACCCAAAACUAAUCGAAAGUUUAAAAAAGUAAAAAAAAAACUAUUUAAGAUGAUGAUAACGAGUUCAACUUUUUUGGCGAUAAUACUAUCAUCAGGGCUCGCAAUUCCAUUUAUGCUUUUAAUUACACAGGAUUUAUUUGACGGAAUUAAGAACUGGUGGGAAAUCUAUGAAUUAAACAUUAAAAAAUAA